AUAUUUAUUCAUUUUGAUGAGUGAAUAUUUCAGUAACAUAAUCAAUUCUGUGUAGUACAACUUGACUAUUCUCCUGCUGAUCUUAUAAAUUUGGACCUUAACUUCACUGCCAUCCCGUUUGUAUGCAAAGCACCUGCUAUAGGCAGUAAUCUUGGAGCACUACAUAAUUAAAUGAAAAGAUUAAAGAGAAUCUGAUUUGUACUCAUAUUUGUUUUGAAAUUGAUAGUUGAUGGUUUCUUGUGGUUGAUGUACAUAGGUAUCUUGGCGUGCUUAUGUAGAAAGCACCUGUUUUUCAGUGAUAAUGAACGUAUAUACUACAGUAUGUUUUGCUAUUAUAGGUAAUUUGCGGGGAUAAGUAGUUCACCUAUAUCCCACUCAGUUCAUGAAAUAGGAACCUUAGUACCUUACUGGAGAUACUACUGAAGCUCACAACUGACUGGAAAUAUUUUAAGCAACUUAGGUGCAUUUUGUAUAAGGCUUCAAAUAUUCACUAUUUUGCAAGAAAGAUUCAUUAGAAGUUAUGAUUUUGUGCACAUUUAAAGCCUCCUGUGGAAUGUACAUAUUGCUUCAGGGCACCAAUUCUUUUGCACUAAAUUUUUACAUUAAAGAUUGGGUGGAUCUAUAUAAUAUCAAAUAAUAUCUGGGCUCAGUAGACUUAGAGUGGCUACUUUCUAUACACUUGCUUUGACCCUGCACCAUCACCACCACACAUAUUCUUAGUUAACGAAAACGAUGGUUCAGCCAUUGGCUUGGUAUCUAAUUAUCAUGACCACCAAACUGAUUCCUAUUAUGUGGUCUGAUGCCACCCUCUCUUGUAUUCCUAAGAUUAAUGAAAUAUGUAUCAACCCAAGGGCGUUCCUACCUCAAGCUUAGUACAUAGCAAUCCAUUAGUUCGAAAUCAGCCAUUAGACUCUGGUGCCAGCACAAUGGAUCCCAUCAGUUCAGGUAACAAUGCCAACAACAAUCCUAAUCUGGCUUCUAAGCAGCGGCUUCGUUGGACACAUGAUCUUCAUGACCGGUUUGUUGACGCCGUAGCUCAACUUGGUGGACCAGAUCGUGCUACUCCAAAAGGUGUUCUCAGAGUUAUGGGGGUUCAGGGGCUAACAAUUUAUCAUGUCAAAAGCCAUUUGCAGAAAUAUAGACUUGCCAAGUAUCUUCCAGAUUCUUCAUCUGAUGGGGGAAAAGCUGAAAAGAAGGAAUCUGGAGAUAUGCUUUCCAGUUUGGACGAUUCAUCCGGAAUGCAAAUCAAUGAAGCAAUUAAGCUGCAAAUGGAGGUCCAAAAGCGUCUACACGAACAACUGGAGGUUCAAAGACAACUACAGUUAAGAAUAGAGGCCCAAGGGAAGUAUUUAAAGAAGAUAAUUGAAGAACAACAAAGAAUAAGUGGAGCUCUUCCAGAAGUGCCUGGUUCUGGGGUCACAGCUCAUGCAACAGAGGAUACUUGCCGCGAAUCAGAUAACAAGAGUCACCCAGCAACCCCUGCUCCAACAUCCGAGUCUCCCCAUCUGGACAGGUCUGCCAAAGAACGUGCAAUAGUAAAGAGCCUUUCUCUAGACGAAUCUUUCUCCUAUCAUCAGGAGCCUCUGACCCCGGAUUCUGGUUGUCAUGUAAACUCAUCAAUUGAUAGCCCUCGUGAUAGACCUGGAAAAAAACAAAGACCGAGCACCGAUGCAGCUUCCAGUAAACAAGAAAUGGCGCUUUCACAUUCAAUAUUCAACUCGAGCUUGAGUCCUAGUUUCCAGCAGCCACAUUCAGUUUUCCUAUCAGGAGAGCAGUUUGAUCAUUCAUCAGGAAUGUCGGUUGCCAAUGAACUGUUGGGAAAAGUUUCAGGUGGCAAUAUAUAAUUCAUCGCAAUGUAUGUUGCAUUUCUGGGCUACAUAUAGUUUCUGAAAUACACGUAGUAUCGUAGAUCAUGAAGUGUACCAGUGCGCAGAUAUGAUAAUGUAGUAGUUUUUUCUGGAUUUGCUUGAACUCUUCCAUUGUAAUUGUAAGGAUUAAGUGGCUAUAUUCCUGAUCUCUGACGCUAAACAUCUGGCAGUUUGAUGCAUCCGGGUGGAUUGCACUUGGAAAUUUAUGUCUUGGGUAGAUUUCGGAACUGAAUGCACUGCGUUUGAUAUGCUAGACAUAACAA